AUGUCAUCAUCCCUGGAGAAGAAGAGGAAUUCAUCGCUUCCCAAUGAUUUGCUGUUGAGCUGCUUUGCACGUGUUUCUAGAUUGUAUUAUCCGACUCUCUCCCUUGUCUCCAAGCGCUUUCGAUCUCUCCUUGCUUCACCUGAGCUUUACAAGGCCCGGUCACUCUUGGGCCAUACCGAACAUUGUCUUUAUGUGUGCUUUGCCUCCUAUCCACGUUCUCUCUGGUACACUCUUUGCCUUAAACCUAAUCAAACCCUAACCAAUGACAAUAGUGGGUAUGUUUUGGCUACAGUCCCCAUCCCUCGUUCUCCUCAAUCCUGCUUUUCGGGUCUCGUGGCUGUUGGUUCUGAUAUCUACAACAUUCAAGAGAUCACCUCUAACGUGUCGAUCCUAGAUUGCCGGACUCACACAUGGAGAAAGGCUCCAAGCUUGCCGGUGAUGCUACUGUCACUUUCUGCUAGCGUACUUGACGGUAAGAUAUAUGUGGCAGGAACAAGCUUCAAAGACGGCGAGUCUUAUCCGGAUUCCUUGAGGAACACGGUUGAAGUUUUCGACACAAAAACACAGAGUUGGGAUGCUGAGACCAUCCCUUGCAGCGAGACAAUUUGCGACUUCUAUGGCUCGAGAAGUGCUUGUAUUGACGGCAAGUUCCACGUGAAGGCUGGCAAGGUGGUUGCUUACAGUUCCAAGGAAAGUAGAUGGGACUUGUCUACUCCAAAGAUGGGUGAUUUUUUUAUCACAGAUUCUUAUUGCGUAAUAGAGAAUGUUUUAUACUCUGCUUCUUACGGAGUGUUGAGAUGGUAUGACUCUAAGGUACGCACGUGGAGACAUGUCAAGGGAGGACUACCUGAGUUCCCUUGUGGCGCUCCAAUUAGAUUGGCUGAUUAUGGUGGAAAGAUGGCGGUUUUGUGGGAAGUCAAGAUAGAGAAUGAUCUUUAUGAUUUAGGGCAAGGUGGCUGCGGCUAUAAGAAGAUUUGGUGUGCGGAGAUUGCGCUCGAAAGACUGAAAAUAGUAGGUGAGAUUUGGGGGAAAGUUGAGUGGUUUGAUCAUGUGCUUACAGUCCCACAAUCAUGUCAUAUGGUGAAGGUUCUUGCUGUUACUGUUUGA